AUGGGUAAGAACAAGUCCCCUCCGUCAUCGGCAGGGCCCACGGCACACCCUGAGGACAGUGCCGGGGAAGUGCGGGCGGGAGCACUGAGGCCACGCAGUCCGCCCGCGCCUGGCGUCCAGGCUCCUGGGGUCCGUUACCAGCCACCGGGCACGCACAGUGCGGAGCUGGGCCGGCUGUUUUCCUGCUGCUCCAUCCGCAUCCGGAAACAGGGCAGGGAGGGCCUGGGAGGGGGUCUGGCGGCCCCACUGUCCCGUCCCUUCCCGGGCAUCGGCAUGGUUCCGGGGCAAGCUCCGUGGAAAGCGGCGCCCCAGGAGCAGCAGAGGGCGGGACUCCCUUCGGUCAAGAGACGUCCUCCAGCCGGGCCUGGACACUCGGCACAGCCCCGUGGAGGGCAGCUUGUGAACAAAGACCAGUCACCCCUCCCCCUUCCUGUAGCACAGGCUGGCGGUGACCUUGAUGCCUGGACCUUGGUGUGGGACAGCCGGAGCCCCCAAGGUCGCCCUCAUCGCCUUGGGGGACUGUGUGUGGGAAGAGCACAUGGCAUGAGCAAGGCGGACACAGAGCCUGGGCAGGCUGUGGCCCCGUGGCCGGGCACGCCCCUCACCAAGGCGAUCCCUGCACCUGCAGCAGGCCUGACAUGGGACCAGCCCUGGAAGGCUGGGACCACCCAGACCUGGACCCUGCGGCAGCCUGCUGCUCCCGGGAGCUGGGCCACCCACAUCCUCCUGACGGUCCUCUAAAGCCUGGGCCUCGGCUCCCCAGAGCCCCAGGGCUCAGCCAGCCUUGUGCCACCCAUCUGGCCCCCUCUGGCUGCCGGACCAUGCCCACAGAGCUCCCGGGGCCUGAGGAACCCCAGGUCACGCUCUGUCGGUGUGGGGGGGUGCUAAGAGAAAUGAAGGGAGGGGCCUAGCCCUGAGCAGAACCAGGGAGAGGACACCGUCAGAAGCAGGGCCUGCGACAGGAUCCUGGGAAGAUGCAGACAUUCUCCCCUCCGGGGGCGCCCAGCAUCCCAGCUGCACAGCCAGGCGAGCGGAGGAGCCGGCCCAGCCUGCACGGCUCUCAGGAAGGUGCCCCAGGUGGCAGAGAGGCUGGGCAGGACCCGGAAAAGAAUGGGUGGGAUAGGUCGGGUGUGGGGAACAGGCAGGCAGGAGACAGGGAGGCCCCCAUGCAGGCCCAAACGGUCAGCUGGGGCCCGGCAUCUCCACCCACCUUCGACCCCCCAUCUGCUGAGGACAGUCUGCUCGGGGCAGGAUGGGAAUGGGGUGCAGAGGU